AUGAACACUCUCUGCUACCCCAACAACAAUUCCUAUCACAUUCACACCCACCGAACACUUCAUUCCAAUCGCACCACAACACGGCAACUUCUUCCUCGGAGACCAUUCACAUUUCUCUGCAAAUCCUCUCCCGCACCCAUCCCCGAUGAUUUCGUGAAGCGUGUAUUAGAGGAAAAUCCAAGCCAAGUCCCACCCAAGUAUCUAAUCGGUAACAAGCUAUAUACUUCACAACAAAAAGAGAAUUUGGGUAAAAAAUCAAAUGAGGGUAUUUUUGAUGCGUUGUUGAAGAGGUUGAAGAGUUCCCAGAGUGAGACUGAUGAGGUUGGAGAGAAAGAUUCUGUGUAUUUGAAUGAAUUGCUCAAGGAGUAUAAAGGGAAACUCUAUGUGCCGGAGCAGAUUUUCGGUACGCCGUUGUCUGAAGAGGAAGAGUUCAAUGAGAAUUUGAAAACUUUACCCAAAAUGAGUGUUGAGGAUUUUACUAAAGCGUUGAGUAAGGAUAAAAUCAAGGUGGUAACUUCAAAGGAAGAUUAUGGAAUUGGGUAUAAGGAUUACAUUGUGGAAUUGAAAGAGAUUCCUGGUGAUAAAAGAUUGCAAGUGACCAAAUGGGUUCUCAGGGCGGAUACAAGUGAAGCUCAAGCGGUUUUGGAGGAAUAUUCUGGACCACGAAAUGAGAUAGAGAGUCGACGUAUUACGUCUUGGGUGGGAACAAUGUCAGAGUACCCUCAUCCAGUUGCAUCUUUCAUAUCUAGCAGAGUGGUGGCCGAGCUUGGAGCCGUGACAGUAGUAGUGGGUUUAGCAGCAAUGCUAGUGGGUGGCUUCCUUUCAGCAGCAGUAUUUGCUGUUACCAGUUUUAUAUUUGCUGUAACUGUCUAUGUUGCGUGGCCUAUAGCCAAACCAUUUCUCAAGGUUUUUCUUGGAGUUGCUGUUACAAUGAUGGAUAGGGUUUGGGAUAGAGUUUUUGACUUUUUCAUGGACGGUGGCUUUGUGUCUAAGAUGUAUGAGAUUUUCACUUUUGGCGGUUUAUCUUCCAGUGUCCAGAUCAUGAGAAUAACCCUGCCUAUAGUAGUGGGUAUGGUCCUUCUUGUUCGCUUCACUCUUUCAAGAAAACCCAAAAACUUCAGGAAGUGGGAUCUAUGGCAGGGAAUGAACUUCUCAUUGUCAAAAGCUGAAGCUCGUGUUGAUGGUUCAACUGGAGUGAAGUUUUCUGACGUGGCUGGAAUUGAUGAUGCUGUAGAUGAACUUCAAGAGUUGGUGAGGUACCUAAAAAAUCCUGAGCUAUUUGAUAAAAUGGGGAUUAAACCCCCACACGGUGUUCUUCUGGAGGGCCCACCUGGAUGUGGCAAGACUUUGGUAGCCAAGGCUAUAGCUGGAGAAGCUGGUGUUCCAUUUUACCAAAUGGCUGGAUCAGAAUUUGUGGAAUUUUUAGUUGGUGUUGGUUCUGCGCGUAUUAGGGAUUUGUUUAAAAGAGCCAAGGUAAACAAACCAUCAGUUGUAUUUAUAGAUGAAAUUGAUGCAUUGGCUACUAGGCGACAAGGUACUUUCAAGGAGUCAACAGACAACCAGUAUAACGCAGCAACCCAGGAAAGAGAAACUACAUUGAAUCAAUUGUUGAUUGAGCUUGAUGGUUUUGAUACUGGAAAGGGCAUCAUAUUUCUAGCUGCCACCAAUCGUAGGGAUUUGUUAGAUCCUGCACUUCUUCGACCAGGUCGCCUUGAUAGAAAGAUCAAAAUUCUCCCUCCAAGUGCAAAAGGAAGACUUGAUAUUUUGAAAAUUCACGCUACCAAAGUAAAACUGUCGGAUUCUGUUGAUUUGUUCGGCUAUGCUCAGAACCUACCUGGAUGGUCUGGAGCAAGAUUAGCACAAUUGAUCCAAGAAGCAGCUCUUGUGGCUGUCAGAAAGCGACAUAGCUCAAUUCUUCGGUCAGAUAUGGAUGAAGCAGUUGACAGACUUACUGUAGGACCUAAAUGUCUUGGAAUAGAAUUAGGUUAUCAAGGACAGUGUCGUAGAGCAACUACUGAAGUGGGAGUUGCAAUAACUUCUCAUCUUCUCCAGCGAUAUGAGAAUGCAAAAGUCGAAUACUGCGAGCGCAUCUCAAUAGUACCUCGUGGUCAGACAUUAUCUCAAUUGGUAUUCCAACGGCUGGAUGAUGAAUUGUAUAUGUUUGAACGCCGGCCUCAAUUGUUGCAUCGUCUUCAGGUUCUGCUUGGAGGUAGAGCUGCUGAGGAAGUCAUCUAUGGACGCGACACAUCAAAAGCCUCCGUUGAAUACCUUGCACACGCGUCCUGGCUUGCUCGCAAAAUACUAACCAUUUGGAAUUUGGAGGAUCCAAUGGUCAUACACGGAGAAGCACCCCCUUGGAGGAAGCCAGUUAAAUUUGUUGGACCAAGGCUGGAUUUUGAAGGGUCUCUUUAUAAUCAUUACGACCUGAUUGACCCUCCCCUAAAUUUUAAUCUUGAUGCUCAAGUUGCACAAAGAUCUGAAGAGUUGAUACGUGACAUGUACCGAAAGACUGUCUCUCUCCUAAGAGGGCACCAUGCAGCUUUGCUUAAAACUAUUAAGGUUCUUCUCAAUCAGAAGGAAAUGAGUGGUGAGGAAAUAGACUUCAUUUUGAACAAAUACCCUCCUCAAACACCUUUACAUCUUUUGGAGGAGGAAAUUCCCAGCAACCUUCCUUUCAUGAAAGAAAAAGCGCAUGAUACGGAUGCUUCAGAAUUGGAAAUUGCACUGGGGAAAGAUUCUUCCAAGGAUUAUUAUGCAUGA